ACUUUGGAAGAGAGGGUUUCACUCACUCAAGCUGGCAGCUCAAGAUAAAGCACCGUGUUUUUGCUGCUCUCCACUCACUUAGGUUGAGAUGUGUCCCCCGGCGCAGCCCCCUCCUUGUGAGAUUGGUUUUUACUGGAGUGAUGAGCAAAUCAUUUCGUUACUUGCAGAUUACUCACCAGGAUCCUACCUCCCCGAUAACGUGCUAGAAGAUUCAAGCCCUUUCCUGUACCCACCCUAUAAUUUACCUGGUUGGUCUUCUAAUUCUUGCUGUUAAGGAUUUAUAGAAGUUGAAUUUUGAAUUAUUCUUGACUUGGUCCAAAACUACAGUAACAGUUAAUUUUCAGUUUGGGCUGUAGAUCUUCUUGUUUAACAUCUCUUGUAGAACAAGUUGAGGGUUAAAUCACCAUUGAUUCAAUUUGGUCAGGGAUCUUCACAUGGUGUCGAUUAUGUUGUCAUUGGUUUCAUAAUUCUUGUUUGAUCCUAAUUGGCAGUUGAUAUCUAACUACCCGAAGCUUUUGUUUUUCUUACUAUAAUGCAACAAUGUAAAUUAAUUUCCAGCAACGGCAGAAAGAGUGUUUGGCAUUUUUCUGAUUGAAUCUGUCUUAUUAUGGUCAGUUUCCUAAUUUUAUUGUAUUGAUAAUGUGGUUAUUUAUUGUUUUAUUGUUGAAAAUUUACUCAAUCCAUUUAGUUGUUGUGUUUAUGUGAACAACUUAUAGUUAAAGAUCCAGAUUUAAUGGCAGAGGCCCUCAUCAUCAAUACUCAAGCACAUGAUUCAGAUGUCAACAGCCAAUUUUAGAGUAUGAUAUCUUGAGAGGGAGUGGUUCAAAUAAAAACUUCUCAUUACGAGAUAACUGUGAGAAUUCUUACACUGAACCUAUAAAAAGGAAUGUGGUACUUGGUCCACUCGAAUGAGGAAAAAGAAUCGGCUCAUGGGUUCUGGAAAGCCAAAGGAGAAGCUUGUGAGGUUUAUUCAAACAAUGUGAUAAAUGGUUGGAGAACCACUCUCGAAUACUUUGAAGGCUUACCUCCUGAUGGAAAAUUAACUAAUUGGCUUAUGCAAGAGUACAUGAUUACGCCCAAGGAAUUAAGUGACAAAUGUAGGCCAAAGGCCACCAGAUUACUAUGCAGAGUCUUCCUCUGUAGUGACCAAAUAUCCAGAAGCAAGAUGAACCCCCAAAAUUGCAAAAACGUGAUCGAGUCAAAGAACAUCAAUCCAGUGAAGUCAAUUAAUUCUGACACAAAUAUAACCACUCACCAAGACACGGAGCGUGAAUCUCAGGCAAAGAGAGAAUGUGAAGUCGUAUCUGAUACGAAACCAAACUCUCCUCCCCAAGACUUGUCCGAACUAGAAUGCUUCUCGAGAGGCGACUUCUUGGAAUUGAAUGAUUUAGAAGAUCCGGAAUCACAUUCUUCAAGCUCACAGAAUUCAAGCUGUCCGAGCAAGUUAUCAGAAGAAUAUUUUGGCUCCACGGAUUUUCUGCGGGAUCUUGAGGAGGAAGUGGAGAAGAGUUACAGACAGGAGCAAUUUUCAAGUUCGGGUUACAGAUUUAGCAUGCAAAGCGACGUAGUUUUGCAGGCUGCUGUUUCCGGUUCUUCUGUAUUGUGCGAUUCUGUAAAAGGUGCCGAGACCCCGAGCACCAGUGCAGGAAGCUCGACGAGGGAAGAAAAGAAGGCUGGUUUCAACAAGUUGAGGACCUAUUUCUGUUUUGCAACAUUCUAAAUCCCACAAUUCUUCUUCUUGGAGCUACAAAACUUCAACAAAAUUCAGAAUACGAGUAACAACAUUAACCCUAUUGCUCAUAGGGAUAGAGAGGGACCAACACCAACACUUACUAUGUAGUUAUUAAUAUCUGCUUGAAGCUGUAAUUCAUCACGAUUAUAGGGUUUGUGAUAGUGUAAAAAAUUUAACAUAUUAGUGAUUGUUUUGACUGUAGUAGCA